AUGGCUUCCAUCAAUGUUUUGUCAUUUAUGAUACCAUUUCUUCUACUCGUAACAUUUUCAUCAAUCACAAAUGUUGAAGGAGCACGUAACCUUCAAAGCAUGCAUGAAGUUUCCAAAGUUGAAUUGCCAUCACUACCAAUACCUAAUCUACCUGUACCUACUCUACCAACAGUACCUACAUUACCAACAGAACCACAAUUGCCAGCAAUUCCAAACUUAGGUGUCCCAAUCCCUAAUGUACCUAAGAUUCCUGAAAUUCCUCAGAUUCCUAAGCCACAGUUGCCUACUGUUCCAAGUGUGCCUCAACCAUAA